GUUUAUGAACACCAAGAUGGAAGCAAGUCCCUGAAGUUAGGAGACUUUGGCCUAGCAACAAUUGUGGACGGACCUCUAUAUACUGUUUGUGGGACCCCAACAUAUGUAGCUCCAGAAAUCAUCGCUGAAACUGGAUAUGGCUUGAAGGUGGACAUCUGGGCAGCGGGUGUGAUUACGUACAUCCUGCUCUGUGGUUUUCCUCCAUUCCGUGGAAGUGGAGAUGACCAAGAAGUGCUUUUUGAUCAGAUUUUGAUGGGACAGGUGGAUUUUCCUUCUCCAUAUUGGGACAACAUUUCUGACUCUGCAAAGGAACUUAUCACAAUGAUGCUUCAAGUAGAUGUAGAUCUGCGAUUCUCAGCCUUGCAAGUUCUUGAGCAUCCAUGGGUUAAUGAUGAUGGCCUUCCAGAGAAUGAACAUCAGCUCUCAGUAGCUGGGAAGAUAAAGAAGCAUUUCAACACAGGCCCUAAGCCGAACAGCACAGCAGCUGGAGUUUCUGUCAUAGCACUGGACCACGGGUUUACCAUCAAGAGAUCAGGGUCUUUGGACUACUACCAACAACCAGGAAUGUAUUGGAUAAGGUAUGAGAUGGUGCAGCGCCAACA